AUCACGAUCAGUAUGUGACUAUUUCUUUGAUCAGCAGAGAAAAGUGGGAAGCCCUGAAGAUAUGCCACCAGUUAUUGCAACACCACAUCAUUAUCUAAUUAGUAUCCAUCGAUGCUGUAUGUUCUUUGUUGCUGUUUGUAUGACUGAAGUUCCUCCAUUGUUUGUUAUUGAGUUUCUUCAUCGAGUUGUGGACACAUUUGAAGAUUACUUUAGUGAAUGUACAGAGUCAAUUAUCAAAGAACACUAUGUUGUAGUAUAUGAGCUUCUUGAUGAAAUGUUAGACAAUGGAUUUCCACUGGCUACAGAAUCAAACAUUCUGAAGGAACUGAUCAAGCCACCAAAUAUCCUAAGAACAAUAGCUAAUACUGUAACAGGAAAAUCCAAUGUGAGUGCCACACUGCCAAGUGGUCAGUUGUCAAAUGUGCCAUGGCGUCGGACUGGUGUUAAAUACACUAAUAAUGAAGCUUACUUUGAUGUUGUGGAAGAAGUAGAUGCCAUCAUUGAUAAAGCUGGAUCUACAGUCUUUGCUGAAAUACAGGGAUAUAUUGACUGCUGCAUAAAACUGAGUGGCAUGCCUGAUCUCACAUUGUCCUUCAUGAACCCGCGCUUAUUUGAUGAUGUAAGUUUUCAUCCUUGCGUUCGCUUCAAGAGAUGGGAGUCUGAGAGAUUCUUGUCUUUCAUUCCGCCUGAUGGAAACUUCCGGUUAAUGUCGUAUCAUAUUGGAUCACAAAAUAUAGUGGCCAUUCCAAUAUAUGUGCGACAUAACAUAUCCUUCCGUGAAGCUGGUGGUGGGCGUCUUGACAUCACUGUUGGACCAAAACAGACCAUAGGUAGAACAGUUGAAUCUGUUAUCAUUGAGAUACCUAUGCCAAAAGCAGUCCUCAACUGCAGCCUAAUAUCAAACCAAGGGAAAUACUCAUUUGAUCCUGUCAGCAAAGUCCUGAUAUGGGAUGUCGGGCGUAUUGAUACAGCAAAGCUGCCCAGUCUACGUGGCACGAUCAAUCUCCAAUCUGGUGCUCCUGCUGUGGAAUCAAAUCCAGCAAUCAAUGUUCAAUUCAUCAUCAGCCAGCUGGCUGUAUCAGGACUGAAAGUGAAUCGCCUUGAUAUGUAUGGUGAGAAGUAUAAGCCAUUUAAGGGUGUCAAGUACAUCACAAAAGCUGGCCGUUUCCAGAUCAGAAUGUGAAUUUUGGGCUUAGACAGAGGAAUGGUCUCAUUAAUAGUGCCAGUCCAGUAACUCUGCAAAUGUGGUUAUUCUGUAUCACAAAGAGAAGUAAGUAUUUCCAGAUAAUAAAGCUGUUUCAUUGGAAGAGAA